AUGCUUUUCAGACCUCUUACUCUCCUCUUUCUAUCAGUCACUGGCGCAGGCGGUUUAGUAGGAACGACCGUAACGCAAGCCAUUCUCGAAAGCGGCGGCGACGUCGUCUGCCUGGACGUGAUGGAAGCCCCCAACCAAGCAGAAUGGACAAACAUCGAAGCCGCCGCCAAAAAGUACGCACGCACCGUCUCGUACCACCAGUGCAACCAGCGCAGCGACGACGAAGUCACAACCGCAUUUGCCAAACUCGCUCCGGCCCUCCGCCACCCCAUCCGGGGGCUUGUCGCCUGUGCAGGCGUGUCAGACCACGGGCCCGCGACCGAGUUCCCGUCCAGCUCGUUUACGCGACUCCUCGAUGUGAAUGUCACCGGGACGUUCCGUGUCGCGCAGGCUGUUGCGCGCGAGGUCGGGAGGAGCAAUGACACUGCCAGCAUGGUUCUGAUUGCGAGUAUGAGUGGAUAUGUGUCAAACAAGGGCGUCGAUACGGCUGGAUACAACUCCUCCAAAGCGGCCGUCCACCAGCUCGCCCGCUCACUCGCGGCCGAGUGGGGUUCUCGAGUGAAUAUGCCUCUGAUUAGGGUGAACUCGCUCUCACCGGGGUAUAUCCGCACUGCUGCUACCGCGGAGGCGUUGAAGAGGCCCGGUAUGGAAACUCAGUGGGUGGGCGAUAAUAUGUUGUAUCGCCUCAGUACGGCGGAUGAGUUUAGGGCACCGGUGCUGUUUCUGCUGGGCGAUGGGAGUAGUUUUAUGACCGGGGCGGAUUUGAGGGUUGAUGGGGGGCACUGCGCAUGGUAA